AUGGAAGGACGCACUAGGAUUUGCACUCCCCCACCUAUGAUUGCUAAGCCUAAGUCACAACAGAACUGUCAAUUGGUCAAUCAUUACGAUUAUGCAAAAGGAGCGCUGAAACUGCUUGCUGAUCUGCGUCUUGAAGCCAAUAAGUUCUGGAACUCUUUCUAUAAAGCCGGUCCCACGACUGUCAGUGAGAUGACCGAAAAGGACGUGACAAAGCGACUCACUUCAAUUUACAAUGACCUCGAAAAAUUAGUGAAAUCUGUCGAUGUACGACGACCUGAUUCUCUUCCUUUACACACAAUUUCAAACAUCCAUGAUGGAGAAAUUAGUCUGCCUAUUGCUGGUUGCUUAGUGGAUGAACAAAGCUAUCGUGAAUGCGUUGAAAGGGCAGCUGCGUUUCAGGAGUUCGCACAAGGUUACUUUGACAGCUCACAGAGGCAAGAGGUUGCGCACUCUCUUCGAAAUAUGAAUUUUCUGGGCCCUGAAAAGUUACGAGUUUUCUCUGUGGAGAAGAUGCAUUCUCAAUUCCUCGCUGUUCUCAAGACACUGAGAGUUAAUGCGGAGAGGCUUGUUAUUUUACACAAAUGGCGUGUGUCUUCAGUGGUUGAGAUGCCAUUCCUGGAGACUAUGAUUGAGGUAGAAUUCGGUCGACUUCGUGAUGCUUUGUUUGUGUCUCAGUUAAAAGCAGUACUUGUUAUACGUCAAGGAGAACUAGUUUCCGUUUCCAUUGGAUCACCUAAUGAAACACUUUGGAAAAAGGACGAUGAUGUCAGCUCGCAACAUGAGGUGUUCCAGAAGAUGACCAGCCUUGCUUUUCAUCGAUUAUUUUCAACGUAUUCGCACACAAAAAUGAUCUCGUUUCAAACUGUUUCCAUGGUCUUCAGCUUUUUACAGUUGUACACACUGUCAUUUUCAUUGCCUUGCUGCGGUUGUCAUAAGGUCAUGCGUGACUACCUUCCUCCUAUGGUCCUUACUGACUUUAACCAGAUUCGUCCUAGAUUCUUUCAUGAAAACUGUCUUGUUUGA